AUGCGCUUUCUACUCAGUUCCCUGGCUUUUGCAGCCAGUGUUUAUUCCCAGUCUGCGGCAUUUCUCGAUCCCAAAACAGGUAUUGAGUUUCAACAACACACCGAUGCCACAACCGGACUUAAAUUUGGUAUUGCGGUUCCCACAACAGUUCAAUCAGACUUUAUCGGUCAAAUAGUCCUGCCAACAAAUGGUACUGGAUAUGCGGGGAUUUCCUUGACUCCCAAAAUGGUUGGAAGUCUUUUCGUACUAGCAUGGCCCAAUGUUGAUUCUGUUGUUGGAGGUCUCUUUAUCGGCUACUCGGCCCCAAACGUAUAUACCAACGCAAGUGUGUCCGUUUCUCCAAUCGCAAAUGGCACCUUUGUAAACUCAACUCACAUGUCCUAUACGUUUUUGUGUACUGGAUGUAUCACCGGUACUUCGUCUUCAUUUUCUGGAAGCACUGCCGACAUUUCAUUGGGCUUCGCCGUUGGGACUAAAUCCCCAACAAAUCCAACAUCCGCCUCUUCAGCAACGUUCGUCUAUCAUGAUGGCGGUUUUGGUGGCUUUGGUAUGACAUUGUCUGGAUCCGCUGAUUAUCCUACCUGGGCUGCAACGGCAUCUGGCAGUGCAGCAGGUGGAUCGGGAAAUGCUACCUGUACAAACGUAGGGACAAACACUACGACUACCGUAUCAAACUCGACCUACGACUAUAUAGUUGCUGGUGCAGGACCUGCUGGUAUUAUUGUGGCCCAGCGUCUGACUGAGAGUGGCAAGUCUGUUCUUUUGUUGGAAGGUGGCAAAGCUUCUACAUAUGCUACCGGUGGUCGAAGUACUGUAUCAUGGAAUGACACUGUCACCCAGUACGAUGUUCCUUCAAUGUCUUACUACCUUACAACUGCGUCAGAUACUUCUGAGUACUGCACAGACACUGCUAGCCAAGCAGGAUGUUUACUCGGAGGGGGGACAAUGGUCAACGCCUUGAUGUUCAUUCGUCCACAGACAGCCGAUUUUGACGACAAAUGGCCUGCAGGGUGGAAAUGGAACGAUGUCAGUGCAGCCGCCGAAAAGCUCUAUUCACGGAAUCCAGGAACAACCCUUCCCUCCAAAGACGGCAAGAGGUAUGACCAGGGUGCUUUUAAUGCCAUGUCAAAUUUCCUGAAAGGCAUGGGCUGGAGCCAUAUUGAUGCCAUUGAGCAACCGGAUUCAAAGCAUGAGGUCUACAGCUACCCCCCCUGGGAUAUUCAGAAUGGACUUCGAGCCGGCCCUGUCACCUCGUAUCUGCCACUUGCACAAGCAUCACCGAAUUUCAAGCUUUCCCUGGAAACCAAAGUUCUCCGAGCUGUUAGAGACGGUUCUUCUAUUACCGGUGUAGAAGUACAAACAUCGACGGGUGCUCGACAGAUCAUCAACUUGAAAGCUGGCGGAAAGGUCGUACUCGCAGGUGGCGCAAUGUCAAGUCCUCGCAUUCUGUUCAACAGCGGCAUUGGACCAAAAGACCAAAUCUCAACUGUCCAGAGCGGUUGUACGGGAGUCACCCUCCCAGCCGAAUCCGAUUGGAUUGACCUACCUGUCGGCCAGAACCUUCGUGAUCACCCAAUCUUCACGCUGACAUUCAACACGACAUCGGCCUCGGCAGCGAAUGCUACUUCUAUGCUUGCUAGUCAAUUCACAAAUCCUGGGCAAACUGAUAUUGACCUUUUCGCAAAGGCCAGUGGGCCCCUAGCCCAGAGUGGUCAGCGCCUCAACUUCUGGUCUAGCUUGAAUAGUACCGACGGCAUCACUCGUUUCUUUCAGGGAACUGUCAACUCCCCAUCUGCAGGCACUGUUCGAGCGAAGGUCUAUCUCACUCACGGUGCUACGUCUGCCGGAGUUCUCGGUAUCACCUCCACUGGCUCAACGCAAUUCAGCACAGAACCUUUGAUGAACACCGACGAAGACAAAGCUGCCGUUGUCGAGUUUCUGGAUUCCAUUCUGAAUGCUGCCCGAAACUCGACCAUUUUGGUCCCAAGUUCAGCCAGCGCCACUGGUGCAUCAUUGGUCGCAAGCUACGUCUCAGGAAGUCAUUUUGUUGGAACCGCAAUGAUGGGAGAUUCGAAGCAAAAUGCUGUUGUCGACACUGACACUAAAGUCUUUGGCACAGACAAUCUGUUUGUGGUUGACGCGAGUAUCCAUCCCGAUCUUCCAACUGGCAACACACAAGCCAUUGUAAUGGUUGUUGCUGAGCAUGCAGCUGCAAAAAUCUUAGCACUUGGUAGCUCAUCCAACUCCACGGCGCCGUCGAUAACACCACCAUUUGCAAACUCCACGAUUCCAGUUACCACUCCAUCGAACACUACCCAGCCAUUGACUCCUACCGAGAGCUCCCCGGACGCCGAAGAUGAUUGCUGA